GGGCACGCGGGCGCGGUGCCUCCCCCGCUAUAAUGCCGGCCUGCGGUUGUGUCUUACGCCCGCAGCGGGGCCGCUCGGGCGGCGGUGGGGGGGAUGCACCCUCCCCCCCUGCAGUGGGGUAGUCCGGGUCCGGGAGACUCCCUCCUCCCCCCGCCAGUGCAGUGGGGCAGUCCAGGUGGCGGAACGCCCUCCCCCCUAACGCACGGGGGUAGCCCGGGUCGGGUGGGAAUCCUCUCCCUGCCGUGUAGAGCCCUAGUGCUCAUCAUCCGCUGCUCUGGACGGUCCUGCGGGGGCUAGGGAGCCCACCCUCUCUCUGCUGUCAGUGGUCUCAGUCCUUCUGUCCCCUGCCUGGAGCUGGUGGGGGUCUGGCUCCCAUCCCUUCACAGGGUCGUGGCAGGGAGAGGUGGUCACCGUGUCGUCCUGCUCUACCUGGAGGUGUGGAACAGCGCUGUGGCCACCACAUCCCUCUCACACCUUCCCCUCGCCUGGCAGCACAGCCCCAAAAACCCCUUCCACUGCCACGGAGCCUGAGUGGGAGCCCACCACGAACCCAUAGCCCUGCCCCUGCCCAGCUGACCUUUCUCUACCGAGGCUACCAGGCUGGGAGGGAGGACCCUGUGGAUGGGGUGCUGGGGGUGGCACCACUGCUUGUCCUCUUUGUGGCUGAAGAAACGGCAUCCUCAGCCCUGGCCUGGCUCCUUGUGUUCCUCUCCCACAUGUGGGCUGCCAGCUGCCACAGCUGGUGACCCAGCACUGUGUUUUUCAGGCCUAAACAUCACGGAGAUACCUGGUGGCCCUGUGGCUGAUGCCAGGGCAUUGCUGUGGGGACAGGUGUGGCUUUGAAAGGUUUGUACAGGUGAAGUCUCCCUGGUGAGAAGAUGGAGAUGUGUGGCAGAAACUCCCAGUUACUGCCUUGGGCAGAGUGGUAAAAAGUGCAUCUCGGUGUUUCCUAUUAAGUCUUAAUGAGAACAAGCAGUAUCUGUGCAAUAAGCCUCUCUUCUGGCUUCUGUGAAUCCCCUCUAGGGGGUUGGUUUCAAUAAGUGUUUCAUACUUACUUCCACAUUUGUAAUUUGAGUUACCAGGUGAUGGUUCCUGUACCAGUGCUGUGAAGUCCACUGUAGCAUUAGAGUUUAUGUUGACAGCAACAUCACGAGGAACCGUUUUUUAAUACUUCCAGCACCCUUUCCUUUCACCGUAGAACAAUUAACUGUUCAGAAAAGUGGUGCCACGUGCUGCUCAGUUAAAUGUCUUAGCAAGUUCCAAGACUAUGAGAUCUACCCAGUUACCCCCAUUAACGAGCCUCAUAAUCUCAUUAGGGGAUGAGAUCUGGUUUAAUGAGAUUGCACUGCUGAAGCACAGCUCCACAGAAGCUACCAGCUGGUUCAGGAUGUUAAUUGUUGUCUGCGUGGCAGUUCUCUUUAUGGGUGUGAACUCUGCAGUAGUGACAGAAGCACUUAAUGGAAGCUCUGUAAUAAAAAGGGUGUUUCCAAAUCUCUCAUGAUACGGAGGUAUCUGAAUUGAUAAACAGUACUGGGAAACGCCCUCAUGGCCGCUUCGAAAUAGUGCAUUUCCUUGAUGCUCCAGGUGAUACCAUGUUUUCAAAGGCUUCAUUGCCUUGCUGUUCAGAUAGCAGGCUGCUGUUAGGGAGAUGGUUAAUGUUUCCUGUGGGACUGGGUUUGAUCUUCCCUUGAGACUUUCUGUUAGCAAGUGGAUUAUCUGAGGAAAGGUGGCAUUAGCAUUUCAGAAGUAGGAUAGUGAAGAAAUGAGGGUCUUUGAGAUAUGUUCACCUCUAAGAGAGUGCACAGGAUCAAAGUUUGGUCAAAGAAGUCUAAAUUUUGUGGAGAGUGUGUCAAGGAAGGGGAUUGGAAUAGGAUUUUGAGACCUUUUUUAAGUGGAGACUCUUUCAGUUUCAUUCAGUGAAACAGCUCCAUGGAGGGCUCCCUUCUUGACGAACAGAGUCCUGCCAGAAUCCUAUGUAGCUCCAGGGGGUGAAGACCCUGCAAGGUGUCUAUGCUUUGGAGACCUCCUGGUGUACCACACGUGGAAUUGGAAGGAGCAUGCAGAACAAGACCUGUAUUCACAAAGCAGACUUUGUCACUGACAAAUAAGCCUGACCAGAUUAAGACAUCCAUGACUGUUUCCUCUAGCUGAGAAUGUCAUUUAUGAGGUUCAGGAUGAGCUGGCAUGCCCAGCAUGAGUUGGAACUGGUCACAGAGUGUCACCUCUUUCACAGGUGCAGCUCCAGCCCAGCUUCCCUGUAAACAGGGCAGUGACAAAUGUCUAGAAAUAGGGUCCUCUCUUGGGUGGCUUUCCCAGGUGGUGGGUUUAUGGUGUUGCAAAUGCAGAGACACAAAGCUGGUAUGCUUGUCUGUCCCUCUGCUCUAGCUCGUGUGCCACAGUGCAGAAUAUGCAGCAGAGGCAGUGUAGUGAUGUCUGGAGCAAGUACAGACAUAUCCUGGAGUAUGAUUUGGGGUAUUCCAGCCUGCAUUACCCACAUAGUGGGGAAUGAACGAGAGAGUCAUCCCGUUACUGCGGUCAAGUCUGCAGAUGACUAUUUUGGGUUCCUGAGUGGCAGCUUCAGCAUACAGGAAUCAUCUGGCUCUACUUGAAGAAUUGGCUUGGGCCAAGAUUCAUGUAUGUGUCUGUGUUGCCAACUUAGUACAACUGACUUCAGCUGUGGAAGGCUGGAGCUCAGCCUUGUUGUAAAGCCAAAGGGUUGCCGAAUGGCCAUGGGACGCAAUGGCUUGUGAAUCCAGCUGUGAGCUGGCUGGGAAGUCAGAGCAGCUGUGCCAGCCCCAAACUGUGGUGUGCUUCCAGCCCCUGCUCUCAAACAAAGGCAGUGCUUUCCUGAUAGUCAGUACUCAAACAUCCUUCUCAACAAGAUAAGAUCUACAAACGUCACUGGUGGGAUCCGCGCCAGGUGUCAGAUGCGGAGGUGGAAGUUUCUCAAAUAAAGGCUAGUGGCUUCCUAAGUUACGAGCUUGUUGCUUUAUGACUGUGCAUUAGAAGUUCAGUGUGAAUGAAUGUUAUUCCUUCCUGCAGCUCCUUUUCCCAUUACUACUUAAAGCCUAAUGUUGAAAAGUUCUGACAUGCUGCGUGAGUAAUUCUCCAUUCCAAGGAAAAGGUUGUGAAAAUACCAUUGUGGCGAGCUUAAAUAACACAGUGCUUUGGAUAUAAGACCAAAAUCUGCUUUUUACACACAACUAUGACUUGUUUCUUUUCAUCUGCAUAUUUGCAGAUGGAGAGGGGAAAAAAAAUAAUAUCUAUAUAAAAUGAGCUAACAACUAUGCCAGCAAAAUUAAAUCACUUACGAAUGUCUGCUGGCUGGAGAGGUUGCACAUCUGUGAGAGUGACGAGGGAGAAGGAGAGGAAGUGGAACUUCACCUUCUUUGAACAGUGCUGUCGCAUGUUAAGUGACAAAAUGAUGCGUCUCUGGAAACUUCAGCAUCUGUGGUUUGUGCGACAUAUGCUUAGUGAAGCAUCAUUUGGAUGUGCACAGGGGAAAGCACAGCGCUAAGGACCGAGCCUGGAGCGGGCUUUGCUUUCAAACAGGCUUUGGGUAGCAAAGUCAAGCCCAGGGUGAGAGUUGCCCUAAGCAGGUCAGACUGUUGGGCUGUUCUGACUUGUGGAUGAUAAUUUAGGGGGAGAACACAUGAGCCUGGCCACUGUUGUGGCCUUCCCAUUUGUCCACCCCCAGCUUGAGCAGCCCUCAGAUGAGGGAUGCUAGAGGGGAUUCCCCUGCCUGUUGCCUUUAGUAGCCCUUUGUGUACAGCUGUUCUCCAUGAACUGCUCUAACCCUGUGAACCUGCUGCCCACCUCUGCAACACCCUUUGGCAGCAGAUGUCAACCAUUUGCUACCCGCCAGAUAAAGAAACAAUUUUGUGUGCUUUGAACUGCUCGUUACAGCUAGUGCUCCCAGUUCUUGUGUCCUAGUGUGUGCUAGUUCCACCUUCACCUUAUCCACUGCACAGGGAGCUGUAAACCUUGAUCAUGUCCCCUUUCAGCCUUUCCUCUCUGCCUGAAGGGUCACAGCGGUUUAGUCUUUCAUCAGCAGGUGGCUGCUUCAGUCCCUUGAUUGCUUUAUUUGCCCUUCUUUGAUCUCCUUCAUCUCUAGGUCUCAGGAAGUCUGUAGGGUGGUCAGAUGCACUUGCAGUGGUCAAGGUCUGGACAUGCGGAGGUGUCAUACAAUAUGAAAAGAUGCUGUCUCCUUGUCCUCCGUCCCCUUCAUGAGGGUGCCCAGCACUCUGGUGGCUUUAUCUGCCCCUGAGACAGUCCUUUGCAGAGCGUUGCUGGUAAGAGACAGAGGACUCACCCGUGGGUCAGUUGACUUAGCUCUCUCUUCUCCUUAACCUUUAUCUUUACACAUCACGAGUUCUUGAUUCAAUUUAUGACCAUACAAUACGCCAUUUCCCCUUGAGGCUUGUCUGUCUUUAAUUACACCUAGAAAAGCUCAUUGUCUGGCUGAAUUCCUCUCCAAGCAGUGUCUCCCUUUUAUCUGGCUGUGGGUUUUGGCGUGGUGGGGUGCAGAAUGGUGCCUCAUCUCCACGUGGGCUCUGCAGUUGGAUCCAGUUGAGGUCUGGAGCUUUGGCUGGGAGUGGAGCUGAUGUGCAGUUUCAGUCUAGUGAUGUAAUUGAUUGGAACAAAUGCUUUUCCUGCUCUUUCUGAACUGGUUGUGAGGAAUUCUUCAGGCUGGGCAGAGCGGACAGUUAUUUUUGCUGUUAUUUCUAAUCUUGCCUAGAAAUGGUGAGACUCACGGCUUCUGGGAAAUGCUGAAUGGGACCAACGUUUCAUCAGGUUUCAUACCCAGCCUUUUAUUCUUCCCCUUGGUCUUCUGCUUGGACUUACCACAGCUGAUGUUGCAAGCCUGAGAAGGCUGCUUGGUGUGGAGUUUCCCAUUUCUGAUGUGCUCAUUCUUACCCUGUGUUGUGAAGUUCCCAUGAUGUGUCUGAGUUGGAUGAGCCUGGAGGCCUCAAACAGGGGUGACUUCCAGCCCUUUAUCUUACUUUUGACAGUGGUGAGAUAGCAACCUUGUUGUCACCCAUCACGUGCAUGCUGCCAACAGGGCUUCCUAUGAUGGCACGAGCAGGAGGAGCUGAAUUAGACUGAUUUAAGAAUGCUUAACAUCUCACCAGAUACAGGAGUGCCUCUGAAGAGGUGCUCUUGUGGUUUGCCUUUGGUCUGCAGCAACUUGAGUGUGAGAGGGAGCUCAGUGUGAAAAGCACAAGAGGGUGGAUGACAGUCCCACCUCCUGGCCGUGAGCUGCUGGCAGUGAUGCUGUGAGGAGGUACAGGAGCAACAAUGGACUGGCCCCAGCAAAGAUGUCGCAGGUGUUGGGAGAAGACAUCUCAUGUGAAAUGGAGACAGUGUUUCUGAUCUGGAACAGUCUCAAUGACCCUCUGUUUGGCUGGCUGAGCGACCGAGUGUUCCUUAGCACGCAGCAGCCAGGAGCAGAGAUUUCCUCCCCAGAAGUAGUUCUGAAGAGGCUCAAAGCAUUAAGCCACAAUGGCCCCCUCUUUGCCAUCUCUUUCCUGGCUUUCUGGGUUGCCUGGGCUCACCCUGGUUUGCAGUUCCUUCUUUGCCUUUGCAUGUAUGACAGCUUUCUCACCAUGGUCGACCUGCACCACAACGCCUUGCUCGCAGACCUGGCUGUUUCAGCAAAAGACAGGACCAGCCUCAACUUCUACUGCUCCCUCUUCAGUGCCAUAGGCUCCCUCUCUGUCUUCAUGUCCUACGCAGUGUGGAACAAAGAGGACUUCUUUUCCUUCCGCAUAUUUUGUGUGGCGCUGGCCCUCUGCUCCAUCGUUGGUUUCACACUGUCCACGCAGCUGCUCCGCCAGCGCUUUGAGGCUGAUGGGAAAGUGAAAUGGGAUCAGGAAUCAACCCUGAAAGAGCUGUACAUUGAGAAGCUCUCCGUCCCUCAGGAGAAGAGGAUCACCCUGGCAGAGUAUCUCCAGCAGCUCUGCCGACAUCACAACUUCCUCUGGUUUGUCUGCAUGAACCUCAUCCAGGUUUUUCACUGCCACUUUAACAGCAACUUCUUCCCUCUGUUCCUGGAGCACCUGCUGUCAGACCAGAUCUCUGUCUCUACUGGAUCCUUCCUGCUUGGUGUUUCCUACAUUGCCCCUCAUCUCAACAACCUCUACUUCCUGUCCCUCUGCCGCCGCUGCGGGGUUUAUGCUGUGGUGCGAGGACUCUUCUUCCUGAAGCUGGUGCUCAGCAUUGCCAUGCUCCUGGCAGGACCUGAUCAGGUGUAUCUGCUCUGCAUCUUCAUUGCCAGCAACCGGGUGUUCACAGAAGGGACCUGUAAGUUGCUCAGCCUGGUGGUGUCUGACUUGGUGGACGAGGAUCUGGUCCUGAACCGCAGGAAGCAGGCGGCCUCGGCGCUGCUCUUCGGGAUGGUGGCCCUGGUCACCAAGCCGGGCCAGACCUUCGCCCCGCUGAUCGGCACCUGGCUGCUCUGCGCCUACACGGGCUACGACAUCUUCCAGCGCAGCCCCUUGAGCGCCGAGUUGGUGGUGAGUGCCCGGCCCAAGCCCGAGGCCGCCGCGGCUGCGGAGCCGACCCUUCGCCAGGGCUGCUUCUACCUCCUGGUCUUGGUGCCCAUCGCGUGUGCGCUGCUGCAGCUCCUCAGCUGGUCGCAGUUCAGUCUGCACGGGAAGCGGCUGCAGAGGGUGAAGGCUCAGCGCCAGAGUCUGACACAAGGCCGAGCACCAGAAGUCAAAACCGUCUAGAGGAGGCGCCUGAGCCCUGGGGGCUGGGAACCCCCAUUACAGUGCAACUGUGAAAUGCUGUAAUGCCCAUGUUUACUCAGCCCAGGACUUGGUCGCUGGGGAUGGCAGAGAAGCAGUUCAGCAUGGGAAGGACCUGGAAUAGAUUGCUGGGGCACAGGAGCGGGGAUGCUUUAGCCCAGUCUGGCCUGGGGAGCAGAGGCUAGGACAUCCCAGCAGGACAACCCUGGUGCAGUCCUCCACCCUGGAGAACUGCAGUAUUUGGGAGCAGUGAGCAGGAGGGGACCACACUGGGAUUCCUCCCUUGCUAGACCCCUGCAGUUUUGGAGAACAGAGUGGGAGGCUCCUGAGGGGCCAAGUGAUGGAGGUGGGUAAUGGCAGGACAGCAGGAGCAGGGAUAGGAGGACUCUGAAGGCCUUUCCCAGUAGCUGAUGCACCCUUUUCCACAGACACUGCUGUGGUUCUUGGACCAAAUUCACUCUUUGGCAUUUGAUGUUCCCAGGACAAUAUCCUGCACAGCCUGGGCCUGCCCACUGUGCUGCUUGUGUGCUGAGGCUCAUUCCUUCCUGGCCUUGCAGAAGCAGUUGGUGCUGGGCUUGAAUUGGGCUCAGAAAAUUAAGCUGCAACAUCUCAUCUGGCAUCCCUGUGCCUGUGGUUACCCCUUCUCUUCCCUCAGCAGCCCCUUCCCAGCUGCACUGUGACACAGCAGUGCCCGGAGUCCCUCCUAGGCUGCCUGAGGCUGGGGGGCUGCGGUCAGGGAACCCAUCCCUAACCCUGGAACUGCCUCCCUGCCCAGAGCCACCCCAGGUGAGGCAGAGAGGUACCUUCUUUUGCAUGGGGUGAGGGCAGCCUGGAGGAGACAUCAGGUCUGGCUUUUGUGCCUUCAGUUCCUCUUAGGAGCCUGUCUUACAGUGCUGGCCAGUCAUGGGGUUGAGAUUUUACCUCUUGGUCUCCCUGGUUCUGGCUGGCAGCAGGGGGAGUAAGUAGUCACUGAAGAUAUCCUCCAGACAAGCAAGCAUCUCCUCAAGGAGAUUAGAGGCCAGCAGAAGAGAUGUGCCAAAGCACAGCUCUGCCCUGUGCAUGCCUGGAGGGAGGAGGCUGGAGGCUGACAGGAGCCUGAGGGCAUUGCUGUUUGUUUAGUACCAGGUUCUCUCUGGUCCCUCAGCCCACAAACCUGCCCUAGUGCCUGGGGACACAGCUGACCUUCUGUCUUGGACCAAGACCUUUCUGCCACGAGACUGCUGCAGCUCUUGAAGGUUCAAUCAUUAUUUGUGCAACUUCCAUCAAAGUUUGAGAAUGAUUCUUCAUUUCAUAAAUUAAAGAUGAUCUUUUCUGUA